GGCCGGCUGGAGCCUUCGUGCGAGUCCUCCAGGGAGGUGACCAGGGCUCCGCGGGCCUGGGAGCUUCUCUCUCUCGGUCUCUUUGUCUCUGUCUCUCUCGCGGCGGGACCAUGCUGCGCUGGCUGGGGACCCUUGUGCUGCCCAUGGCGGCCUGCCAGGACGAGCAGCAGCCCACGCGCUACCAGAGCCUCUUCCAGCAGCUGGACCGGAACCGCGACGGCGUGGUGGACAUCGGCGAGCUGCAGCAGGGCCUCCGGAGCCUGGGCGUCCCGCUGGGCCAGGACGCCGAGGAGAAAAUUUUUAAUGCUGGAGAUGUCAACAAAGAUGGGAUGCUGGAUUUUGAAGAAUUUAUGAAAUAUCUUAAAGACCAUGAGAAACAAAUGAAACUGGCAUUUAAGAGUCUGGACAAAAAUAAUGAUGGGAACAUUGAUGCUUCAGAAAUUGUCCAGAGUCUCCAGACACUGGGUGUAACUAUUUCUGAAAAGCAAGCAGAGUUGAUUCUUCAAAGCAUUGAUGCUGAUGGUACCAUGACUGUGGACUGGAAUGAAUGGAGGGACUACUUCUUAUUCAAUCCCGCUAAUGACAUUGAGGAAAUCAUUCGUUUCUGGAAACAUUCCACUGGAAUUGACAUCGGGGAUAGUUUAGCGAUCCCAGAUGAAUUCACAGAAGAUGAGAAGCUCUCUGGACAGUGGUGGAGGCAGCUGUUGGCCGGGGGCGUGGCCGGCGCUGUCUCUCGAACCAGCACCGCCCCUUUGGAUCGCCUGAAAAUCAUGAUGCAGGUUCAUGGCUCAAAGUCAGACAAGAUGAACUUAGUUGGUGGCUUUCGACAGAUGGUGAAAGAAGGAGGCAUCCGCUCCCUUUGGAGAGGAAAUGGGACAAAUGUCAUUAAAAUCGCCCCUGAGACAGCUGUGAAGUUCUGGGCGUAUGAACAGUACAAAAAGCUGCUGACGGAGGAGGGACACAAAGUAGGAACCCUGGAGAGAUUUCUGUCGGGCUCCCUGGCCGGGGCGACAGCACAGACCUUUAUUUACCCCAUGGAGGUUUUCAAAACCAGACUGGCUGUAGCCAAAACUGGACAAUACUCUGGGAUAUUCGACUGUGCCAAGAAGAUUUUGAAGCAUGAAGGCAUGGGGGCUCUUUACAAAGGCUACAUCCCCAACUUAUUAGGCAUCAUACCCUACGCAGGCAUAGACCUCGCUGUGUAUGAGCUCUUGAAGUCCUACUGGCUAGAACAUUUUGCAGAGGACACUGUCAACCCUGGGGUCGUGGUGCUGCUGGGAUGCGGCGCGUUAUCCAGCACCUGUGGCCAGCUAGCCAGCUACCCCUUGGCUUUGGUGAGGACUCGCAUGCAGGCUCAGGCCAUGGUUGAUGGAGCCCCACAGCUGAACAUGGUUGGCCUCUUUCGACGAAUAAUUUCCAAGGAAGGAGCAAGAGGACUUUACAGGGGCAUCACCCCGAAUUUCAUGAAGGUGCUCCCUGCUGUCGGCAUCAGUUACGUGGUGUAUGAAAAAAUGAAGCAAACGUUAGGAGUAGCCAAGAAAUAGCAUGUUGCUGCAUUUUUAAUUUUAAUUUUUUGCUUUCACAUGAUUAUGGAAGUUUUUGACCAUUUCUGGACUUCCUUUUCUCAUAGAGUUGCAACUAGUCCAUGGCACAAAGAAAGCUGUAUUUUUUAUAAAAGAGAGGAGUAUAGAAACGAUCACGCUAGAUACUUCGGCUUAAUUUCAUAUUCACAGAAUUGCUUAAGAUCAUCAUUUUGAUAGGUUCAUACAAUUUUUAAAAGCCACCAGAUUGUAUUUAUAUUUUCCUAUUCAUCCUUCCUGCAGCUAUUGGCCCCGAUUGCUAACUUUGAAAAAUGUACUUGCUAUUUUGUUAGAAUUAUAAGUCAUGAAUGUGUUUUUUGGUUCGUCUGAGAAUAUGCCAAUUCCUUCAUACUUGAGUGUCUUUUUCCUUAAAGACAAAGCAAUCAGAAAACUUCAAGACUUACAAUAUUUUAAAAAAAUCUUUGUAAACUUAAAACUGUUUCCUUAUGGAAUCAUAAGUAGAAAAUCGGUGUGUUAAAGCAUCCAUUACAGCAACCAAAUCAGCAGACAGCUGAGAUUAUGCUCUUUCUGGAAGCAGAACAGGAAGGACCGUGAAGGGCAGCAUCUCAAAGCGUGUGACCACCAAGCCCAUUCAUACGCAUUUUUGUGUAAGGAAGCAUCAAGAGGCAAUUUUUAUGUCACUGGAACUUUUCCAUUUUACGGGCACCGUUAUCUGGUUCCUGGAAUGAACUGCACACCGAUGAAAUGUCAGGGUAUGAAUGGUAGUCACCAACACAAAGCCACGUCUUGGAGAGAUUUGGCAAUUCUGUGAUUACUUGGAAACACAGCCGGAACCAGAAUGCUUUGCUGCUGGCAGCUCCCAGGGAGCAUCACUCUUCUCUCCGUCUUUCCUCUUCUGCUGCUUGACCCAGAGGCAGCAAGGCUAGUGGCAACCAUCCUGGGUCAUGGGAAAUGACCCUGUCUCACUUCCACGGAGAUGGUUGGUCAGGCGCAGUGACAUCCUCAGCUUCCUCUCCCGGAUGGACUUCUUCGGUCCCACCAUUUUCCAGCCGGGCAGCAUCAGCACAGUACAUAUUUAACCAUUGUGUCCAUUAUCGUCUACACUAGACACCGACAUUUCAAUGAAAGGCUCAAUUUGUAAACACACACAUUCAGAUUUUCUCUUGCCCUAAGUCUUAGGAACAUGCUAUGACAUAGAAAACGUAAGGUAUAAUAUAGGGAGAUAGCAUUUUUUAUUGGACUGCAGCAACUUUGAUAGCCCCUAACUCCUGCAAACCCACCCCACCCCCACUUUUGCGUGAACUCUGCACAAUGAGGUCUUCGGAAAAAAGAUUGUCAUCACUUUCUAAUGUAGUUCCUAAGCCACAGGCUGGUUUGAUGUCUGAUUUUUUUUUCCUGUUGCACGUUAUCAACAAUUUAGGGAAACAAUAGGCACUUGCUUUGUGGAACCUACCUCUUAAUGUUCUGAACCACAGGGAGGUUGGACGUGGGCGUGAGGCACACCGGAAUGCAGUGUUCACGCGUGUCAGGUAGUCCUGAUCCGUGUCCCGUUUCCAUCUCCAGAGUUGCUCUCCACUUUUGAGUAACCCCUGUCUGCCAAUAAAAGAUUCAUGAUUGGAGCUUUCUUUCCUCUUUUUCUUUUCUACUCAUGAAAAUGAUGGAAAUGAAUAACUUUGCUAAUGUUUUUAAAAUUUUGAACUG